UGCAUCAAGCACAAACAGUCCGUCAAUUCGGCCUUUGGCGGCACCAAACCUUUUGAGUCCCAAAUUAAUCAUGAUCAUCUUAACAGGACAAAGCUUUUCUUUACAGAGUGACGGUUACGACCUGCUCUGACAGAGACAAAUGACAUAGAAAAAAGUUACUGAUCGAAAAAGGAACGCAAUUAAUAUUUACAACAUCACGCAGUUGAAAGCUGCAAAUUUAUGAAAAAAAGAAAAAGAUUCACCUUUUCUCCCGACGAGGAAACGCCCGGAAACUCGCACUCGUGUUUACAUCAGGUUAUGUAAAUUAAACCUAGUCCAUCUGUUCUUGGGUACUUUUAGUUGUUAUCUGACAUGUAUUUAACACAGCAAGCAACAGAAACAGCAGUUCAUAAUGAAUAGAUGUUUUCUCUACCCGCAAUGCUUAGUGAUGAAACCUCCGGAAACAGCAUUUUUUCUUCCUGCGUGAAUCUGUAUCUCAAAGAAGGCCUUCAGAGCCCUGCAUUUGCAGUCAUAGUGAGCUCAGGUUAUUUUAUAACAAUUUUAAAAUCUUUAAUAAAUUCAGUCUAUUGGAUCGUGCUCUGUACAGCUUUCAAAGUCCCCCCUUCCUUCUGUCUCCUAGAUCGUGUACCCAAAUGUCCAACCUGUUUUGUUAUGACAGGAUAACACAUGGAUUUGGCUUCUUCGACAAGACACUACAACAGAUGUAAACUGAAAGAGUGUACUAACAAAUGUAAAACUGACAGAGUGUACUAACAAACGACAGCGAUCGCCGGUCAACGCAAAACUAGAAUACUUUUGUUAUUAUUCCUUUUCUUGUCUGAAACUUUCUAAGGCUUUGGCAAAUAACUUGGGAUUUUCUUUCACUCUUAAAAGUAAUGGCUAAGAGAACUGACAGCCAAGACACCACGUGGAUCUUGAAGUGACCUGCAGUAUCUGUCAAAGCUGGCGAAUUUCGAAUUUCAAACUCACUUGUGCUCCCCUCCCAGUUGCUUAGGUCACAUCACAGUGUGCAGGAAAGUGUGAGCUUGUUGCAUGCAUGCGGCUAACCAGCUAUACCCGCGAUCCCAGCUUUUUGUUUUCUUCUUUUCUAUAAAAUGCUAGGGUCAAUACGUGAACGAGGCAAUCAAACUCAUUGCUCGUGUUUCAACAGCAACAACAAUACUUCACCUGAUGGGCCCUACUUUGAGCUUUUUCUAGCUGUUUGAACUCCAAUUUGAUGUUGGAAUUGAUGUUCAGAAAUGUUACCUUGCAAAUGCGAAACUGCUUCAAGAUAGCAAAUAUUGAGUCUCGUUCAUAUGAUAGCUAGUUUCGUUGCUGGGUUUCUGUCAACUAUUUCCUUUCAUUCAUCAAUGUCAAUCGAGGGUUUGUAUUUAAAGUUUUAUUUUGGAAUUCUGCAUAGAAUGAACAUAGAAUGGUUGAAUGGCCCAGCAGGUAACCAGGAAUUUGCUUCAUUAUGUAGCUCACGAAAAUGAGACGAAUGGACUGUGAAAGAUUGUAUUUCUUUAAAGAAGACAAUUCUACUCCCUAUUACUAAAAAUAUUUUUACGACUUUACGAAUAUUAGAAUAUUACUAAGAUUAUAAGACUGGCCUUAGUUCUUUCCACAUAUGCUAUUGAUAAUUGCCUAAAUUCGUGUCCGGAAUUAAGAAACUGUUUUACAUUUUAAUAGCAAAAGAAAACUUGUAUGUGAAUUCUUGGGAGCCAAAUGAAAUCUUCUCAGCCUUUACUUGCACGAACCGUUUAAUGACCACUUCUGAAUGGUAAUAUUUAUAUUUUUAGUGUCUUAAAGAUAAAACAAAUACUUAACGAUGGUGUCCAUUUUCCAACUGAUGUUGCCCAGCAGUUGGAAUAUAACCAGCUGUCCUGAGUAGAUAAGCCAAAUUAAUGUGCAAAUUCAACAUUUCGCUUUCGGCAGCAUAUUAACAUGAAAGGCUAUCAAUGCUUUACGAAAAUGUAAAUAAUUACUUGUGAUCGUCUUUUCAGCUGUCGCGUCGAAUGGUUGUUGACCUUUUCGACAAACCUAUGUAAGAGGGAGCUCAUUGAGUAAGAUCGACGGUUUUCUUUCUAUUGAGAAAAGUGGCGUAUGAUUUCCUCCAACAAGGUUAAAACUGCCGACGGGUUACACAGACACCUGUUAUCUUCUAAUUCGUGAAAUCAGACCGAAACGAUAAAGUUUAAAAAUGAACAACACGAGCUUGGAUCUAUCUCAACAAGAUGGCAAUUCCCUCACAACUCAGGACAUUGUUUUCGCUGUAUUGCACGCGACCAUUAUCAUUCCUGGUGUUGUGGGAAACGGCAUCAUUAUAACAAUCGUGGUGAAAACCUCCUCCAUGCACACAACAACAAAUUAUCUACUCACGAACUUGGCUGUGGCUGAUUUUCUGACUUUGCUUCUCUGCCCUGGCCUGUACGACUUUGCUUUGACGAAAGUUCGUCUGCAAGGACUCACUGGCGAUUUGAUCUGCAAGCUGUUCGCGGGAAAUGCCGUAGUUCCAAUCACCAUCAACGUAGCUGUUCUUACAGUUUGCACGAUAGCGAUAGAAAGAUAUCUGGCGCUUGUGAAACCUUUUCGAUCUAAUUUGAGGAUAAAUGAAGAUAACGUUAAAUAUUGCAUAGCAUUACUAUGGAUCCUUGGCUUAUUGUCGUGCAUCCCAGAUAUCCAAGCCAAUACGUACGACAUUACAUCUUCCAAAUAUCCAUGUAAACGUCCUUGGAGUUUAGAUGAAUAUUCCCUUCACAAGCCUUUCAUCAUAUUCACCUGCGCUGGUUUUGGCAUCAUAAGCUCCCUUACACUUUUCAUUUGCUAUUUCGAAAUCAUCCGCGGUUUAUACUUCACACGAACAAUUUGCUCGGAAUCGGCCAUCACAGAAGCAGAAAGACGAGCAAAAAGGCAGCUGGCUCGCCUCGUCAUCUGGCUGGCAGUUAUCUUCGCUGCCUGCUCUCUGCCAUUUGCUAUCUACUUUCUUUUUCUUGUCUCCACCGAUAUCAAAACUGUGCAGGAAAACUACGAAACAUUAUUUGUACUGCAUAGACUUUCUCGGUUUUUACUUUUUGCAAACUCUUUUUUCAAUCCUUUAUUGUACGCUUUACAAAGUUCGAAUUAUCGUGACGGGUUUAAGAUGAUUUGUAACCUCAGGAUUCACUGUUGUAAACCGUUUGCAAAGAAUGCCGUUUAUGAUGUUAGUCUAUCUCAAGUCGGGAGGACAGUACGUUCCAGUAAUGAUGCCCAUGUUUUGAGUUAGAAAGUACUGUAACGUAAAGUAAGCUAAGAGGCAGAGAAUUCUUUCUCUACUUCGAUUUCAUUCCUUCAAGUUUAUGAUCAGUGAACUUGUUACUACGUUUUCCUCUCAAGCAAACCAAACACUUCACAGUCACAUCAAUAAAUAGUCAGUGUCCGUUUCCAGUUUAAACAUUAAACUGUGUGCGUGAGUAAAGCGUCCGUAGUUGUAUUACACGAUAUUUGCAUAAGUUGAAUUUUAAUUCAAACAAAAUAAAUAAAGCUGACAAUUGUUAAUUAUAAAAGUGUCUAGAACCCACAGCGUUGUGAAAUUUUUGCACGUAGUGUUUAUUAGUAUACUUAAACGUUGUUUCGUUUUAUUUCCACACACGGCUAAACAUCACAACAACAUUAGUCCAAAUUGUGAAUCAGUUGGAAUAAAAACGCCUUAAUUAAGGAAUCAAGUUAAGAAAGAUAGAAUUCCAAGUCAGAUUCAGCUUCUUUAGUGCAAAGCUGUUUGCGAACCAGCUAGACACGUAAAUGAUAUUUAAAUAACAACUAUCAUUCCCACCAG